UCCUAGACGAGAGUUAAUUCGUGUGUGAUAUCCUUUUGCCAUGUGUUUACAUCUGUACACUGUUCUCAUUCCAACCUAUAUAAGUAUAAUGUACAUUCAUGAAUGAAAGGUUCAAGUUGUGGCGGAGAAAAUACUUCUGUUCAUGUGUUCUUUUCAACAAAUGUGUUUUUCUAUCUUUUGCAGAUAUUUUGGUUGCAGCAGCCAUGGAUGAUGCAAUGACUUCCUUACCCAAGAAGCAGAGGCUGGACAAGCUGGAAUCACAAGAGCCUCCGGCAAGCAGUGACGGUAGGGACCAGAACCUCGACCUCAUCAGCCGCCUCCCCGACGACAUCCUCGGCAGCAUCAUCUCCCUCCUCCCCACUAAAGAGGCCACACGGAUCCCCAUUCUCUCCACCCGGUGGCGCCACCUCUGGCGCUCGGCCCCACUAAACCUUGCCGUCAACUACGACCUUCUAUUCAAAACAUCCAGGCAAGGGCGCGACCACAUGGCCAUCAUCUCCAACAUCCUCAUCUCGCAUCCUGGACCAGCCCGUCGCCUUUCCCUCCGCAGCAUCUGCCUCCGCAAUGACUCCUAUGCCAGGUUUGACAUCUGGUUCCGGUCCCCUGCCCUCAAUGGCCUUGAGGAGCUCGACUUCUAUGGGAGAAACACGCAAUGCCUAGUGCCUCCUUCUGUGCUCCGCUUCGCGCCUACUUUGCGGCUUGCCAUCAUCGACGGUUGCAAUUUAUCUAAGAUUGAUGUCGCCCCCGCGCUUCUUCUCCCUCGGCUAAAGCAACUCAAGCUCUAUGACAUCAUCAUCUCGGAGUCGGUCUUCCACCGCCUGCUUUCUGGAGGCACUAUGCUCGAGAACCUUGAUCUACAGAGCAUCCAUGGGCUUACUGUCAUCCGUAUCAUCUCGUCGACUCUCCGGAGUAUUUGUGUCUAUGUUCGUCACCAAGCAGAUAUGGUGGAGCUUAUCAUUGAGGAUGCACCAUGCCUUGAAAGAUUGAUCCAACCUGGUCAAGAGGGUCCAAGAACAAUUAGGGUCAUCGCCGCACCGAAAUUGGCGGUGUUGGGCUACCUGACUCCCAGAAUCUCCAAACUUGAGCAUGGAACAAUAAUUCCUGAGGUAGGACAAGUCUCCUGAAACUCGCAUUCCGGCGUUCUUAUUUGCAUUAUAGCCUGCUACAUCUUCUUCGUUUUCUCCAGGAAAUGAUCCCCAUCUGCUUGACUACUUCGAUGCGCACAGUGAGGAUCUUGGUUCUAGAUUAUAUUGGCCCCAAUCUGGACGCAAUUGUUGGAUUUCUUAGAUGCUUUCCCUGCACAGAGAAGUUGUACAUCCAGGUGAAAUCUUUGUUGCUACAGGCUAAUCACUCCAAAAGAACUUAUUGUCAAAACUAAUUGUAUGGAUUUUUAAUUUUGAUCAACCAUAUCUCUCUGGAUGUCUAGUUUGGAGCAUAUGGAAAUAAUAAUAAAUUCGUAAUUAACUUCCGCAAUAAAGUUUUUUGGGUAAUUUUCCAUAAUUGAUUAGGGGAAAUUUUAUGCAAAUUUUAUGAUGAUAAAUCUAUUGAUCAAAACAUGUGUGAAUUGAAGUUAAAAGUAAUGAGUUAGGGGACUAUAUUGUUCAAUAAUCCUCACUUCACACAUCAUGCAACUAAUCCAAAUAUGAUUGGAUAUUUGGAAGGAAGCUAUGAGGAAAUUGCUCUUCUAUUGCCUGCAAAAAUAUUACUCUAUUUAUUGCGACCUAAGUGGCGUUUAUCCUUUACUUGUUAUUUUGUAGUCACAUCUUAGGGAGUAUAUGAAAAAUGUGCGGCAAUAUGACACCCUUGAUCCUAUCGAAUGCCUUGAACUCCAUCUCAGAGCAAUAGUCUUGGAAACCUAUGAAGGCAAGAGACCAGAUGUUAACUUUGCCAAGUUCUUUGUCCUGAAUGCAAAGGUACUCGAGGUAAUGAAAUUUGGUGUCCACGGU